UUCUAGAACGUUGCUGUGGUAGCGCUCGGGCGCCAUGUUAGGACGAAGGGGAAGGAGGAGAAGCGCUUAAAGCGGCGGGAGCGGGUGCGGGAGCGGGGUUGGACCCAGGGCCGAGCCAGGCCCCCCCCGCCCUCCCGCCUCAGUGGAUCAUGCCCAGGGCGGCAGCGGCGGCGGUUGCGGGGGGGCAGUGACUGGGCGGUGCCGGCGCGGGAGACGAUGCCGUUUCCAGUUACAACGCAGGGGUCACAACAAACACAACCGCCACCGAAGCACUAUGGCAUUACCUCUCCUAUCAGCUUAGCGGCCCCCAAGGAGACCGACUGCGUACUGACACAGAAACUGAUCGAGACUCUGAAGCCCUUCGGGGUUUUUGAAGAGGAAGAGGAACUGCAGCGCAGGAUUUUAAUUUUAGGGAAAUUGAAUAACCUGGUAAAAGAAUGGAUACGAGAAAUCAGUGAAAGCAAGAAUCUUCCACAAUCUGUAAUUGAAAAUGUUGGAGGAAAAAUUUUUACAUUUGGAUCUUACAGAUUAGGAGUACAUACAAAAGGUGCUGAUAUUGAUGCAUUGUGUGUUGCACCAAGACACGUUGAUCGAAGUGACUUUUUCACCUCAUUCUAUGAUAAGUUGAAAUUACAAGAAGAAGUGAAAGAUUUAAGAGCUGUUGAAGAGGCAUUCGUACCUGUUAUCAAACUAUGUUUUGAUGGAAUAGAGAUUGAUAUUUUGUUUGCAAGAUUAGCACUGCAGACUAUUCCAGAAGAUUUGGACCUACGAGAUGACAGUCUGCUUAAAAACUUAGAUAUAAGAUGCAUAAGAAGUCUUAAUGGUUGCAGGGUAACCGAUGAAAUUUUACAUCUAGUACCAAACAUUGACAACUUCAGGUUAACUCUGAGAGCUAUCAAACUUUGGGCCAAACGCCACAACAUCUAUUCCAAUAUAUUAGGUUUCCUCGGUGGUGUUUCCUGGGCUAUGCUAGUAGCAAGAACUUGCCAGCUUUAUCCAAAUGCAAUAGCGUCAACUCUUGUACAUAAAUUUUUCUUGGUAUUUUCUAAAUGGGAAUGGCCAAAUCCAGUGCUAUUGAAACAGCCUGAAGAAUGCAAUCUUAAUUUGCCUGUAUGGGACCCAAGGGUAAACCCCAGUGAUAGGUACCAUCUUAUGCCUAUAAUUACACCAGCAUACCCACAACAGAACUCCACGUACAAUGUGUCCGUUUCAACACGGAUGGUCAUGGUUGAGGAGUUUAAGCAAGGUCUUGCUAUCACAGAUGAAAUUUUGCUGAGUAAGGGAGAGUGGUCCAAACUUUUUGAAGCUCCAAACUUCUUUCAGAAGUACAAGCAUUAUAUUGUACUUCUAGCAAGUGCACCAACAGAAAAACAACGCCUAGAAUGGGUGGGCUUGGUGGAGUCAAAAAUCCGAAUCCUGGUUGGAAGUUUGGAGAAGAAUGAAUUUAUUACAUUGGCUCAUGUGAACCCCCAGUCGUUUCCAGCACCCAAAGAAAAUCCUGACAAGGAAGAAUUUUGCACGAUGUGGGUGAUUGGGCUAGUGUUUAAAAAAACAGAAAACUCUGAAAACCUCAGUGUUGAUCUCACCUAUGAUAUUCAGUCUUUCACAGAUACAGUUCAUAGGCAAGCAAUAAACAGCAAGAUGUUUGAGGUGGACAUGAAAAUUGCUGCAAUGCAUGUCAAAAGAAAGCAACUCCAUCAGCUGCUACCUAAUCAUGUGCUUCAGAAAAAGAAAAAGCAUUCAGCAGAAGGUGUCAGGUUAACCCCUCUGAAUGACAGCAGCCUUGACUUGUCCAUGGACAGUGAUAACAGCAUGUCUGUGCCUUCACCUACCAGUGCUAUGAAGACCAGUCCAUUGAACAGUUCUGGCAGCUCUCAGGGCAGAAACAGUCCUGCUCCAGCUGUGACGGCGGCCUCUGUGACCAACAUCCAGGCUACUGAAGUUUCUGUGCCACAAGUCAGUUCCAGUGAAAGCUCAGGGGGGCCAUCGAGCGAAAGCAUUCCUCAGACUGCCACACAACCAGCCAUUUCACCACCACCAAAGCCUACGGUCUCCAGAGCUGUUCCUCCAGCACGUCUGGCUAACCCGCCACCUAGACCUUCAGGAAACGCAGCAACAAAAAUACCUAACCCUGUAGUUGGAGUCAAGAGGACAUCCUCCCCUCACAAAGAAGAGAGUCCCAAGAAAGCCAGAACAGAAGAGGAUGAAACAAGUGAAGAUGCUAACUGUGUUGCUUUGAGUGGACAUGCUAAAACAGAAGCCAAGGAACAGCUCGAUACAGAGACAAGUACAACUCACUCAGAAACUAUUCAGACAGCGGCUUCUCUGUUGGCCUCGCAGAAAACAUCCAGUACAGACCUUUCUGAUAUCCCUGCUCUCCCUGCAAAUCCUAUUCCUGUUAUCAAGAAUUCAAUAAAACUGAGAUUGAAUCGGUAAAAACCACCUCAGGGGUCCAUAAACAAUAUCUGCCAACUCAACCUGUUGUCUUCAAAUGCUUAAAAAAAAAAAGGAGAAUGGAGGGGACAAGACUAGACAUGAGUGGGAGUGGAAUUUUUUUUUUUUUCUGGGUGACCUCCUUUACUGGGCUAAUCAGCACUUGAUCGGAAGUCCAGGUUAGUAUGUGAAGCCAGGAGUACUAUUAUUAUUGUGUUAGCAACAGUUGCAUUAACUAUUUCAAAAAUUACUGCCUUUUUAAAAAAAGCAUACACACACACACACACAAAACUAAAAAAAGCACCCCCAAAAAAGCCUCAAGCGAUAUUUGUGUCCAUAAUUUACAUCUGGAUUGGGUUAUGCUUGAUGCAUUGUUUAGAAUCUUGCAAUACAAACUGGCAUAAGAAUUCCUUAUUCUGAUGAUGCACUUUUAUGUAAUUUUUUUAUUAGAAAGUAGAACUAAUUUUAGAUUUUCAGCUUGAUGGAUUUUCAUUUUUCCUUGAGGGAUUUUAUUCACCAUUAGUCUUCCAAGUUGGGCCCCACUGUGCAGCGGUGAGCUUUGGGCUCCAGAGAGCAGCCCGAGUCCGUCUGGGCCAGUCCUGGAACCCAGGCCAAUGAAGUGUCCACUCAAGGGAACAUAGAAUUGACACUGAAAGAGUCAUUAGGAAAUACUUGGUUUUGAUGGGGUCAUGAUUAAGAAAUGAUAUAUUUGUUUUAUUUAUAGAAUUGUUUUAGAAUGCAUACAAAUCAGCGAUCAGCCAGCAAAUACUUUUCUUUGAGCUUAUUGAAAAGCUCUGUAUACUUUUUGCCUUCGGUAUGUCGUCCUUGAAACAAGGCUUUUUGCUUCUUUUCCCUUUUUUCCUUUUUGCUUGUUUGCUUAAGGCCAGACGUAACUUCAUAAACUACAAAAUGCCAGUAUUUCCUUAAGCCAUGACAUGAAACCGGUGGCCCUGUGGCCUCAUGACAUGGGACACUACGUUCUGUUCCUGCGGCGGAAACGCUGAUGCCUGUGUAACACACCCGUCUCGGAUGGUCACUGGGUCUCUAAGCGUGAGGAAUUUUGUACCCUCCACAAAACUCCUGUCCGUAUCAGAGUUGUCCAUUUUCAGCGUAGGGAAAAAGGCAUUUUUCUCCCAGAGUUUAAACCAGUUUUCAUUUUUAAAAUGGUUUUUUACAUGUUAGAAACAUUUUAAAAAUCAUUUCUAGUCAGCUCCCUACUCCUUUUUCAUUUUGUUUCAUUCUGCCAAUAGAUUAGCAGCUCCUCAUUCCUCAUAAUCGAGCAGUACAGCAUUCACCAUGGGAAGUUCGAGGGAUGCCAGAUGUUGCUAAACUUCCUCUUCUCUUAAUCUGGACGAAGCAGCCCUAGCCGAGUUCUCUGACGAGCAUGUUUUCCGAACCCUCCAUUGUGCGCCAUCCUUAUCCUAUGUGCAUAUUUCAUGUUCAGCUGCAGUUCCUUGAACUCUGCCCCCGCCCCUCUAAAUUAAUUUUCCAGAGUUGGAGUGUAGUCUUCCCCCUUAGGCUCUGCAUUAAUCGAGGUUUCUUUUCCCAUGCUUCUUCCUGUCCCGUCCACAAUCUUGGUCCCACCUCUUUGCUCUCUGCACAGUCACCUUGCCUUUGCUCCCGCCACCUGAGAGACCUGCUCAGCCCGACAGGUGAAGUGGACGAGGUGUCUGUGUUCCGUGUAGCUUCAGAGUUAGAUUGAAAUUGCCAGGCACAGAUUUCGUCUUGUCAUUUUGUUUACACACGGGGGGGAGGGGGGGAUUCAGUUUAUUAAACGUUUCAUGUAACUGCACCCAAGUUUUGCCAAGCUGGAAACUUGGACCUUUUUUGUGUAGUGACUUUUUAAUUCUAGUUUUCAUAACCUGGGGAUCAGACUGUUGCUUUCGCAUGACGUCCGUAGUGUCUCAUGACUGGAGUUUGCUUUGUUUUAUAGUAUCUGUACUCCUUGUAUUUUUCAAGAGCUAUUUUGUAAACAGAUGAUGUAUUUCUCCAUUGAAAACACAAUAAAAAAAAAACAGCACAAUU